AUGGGUCGUUACAAAGACACAGAGGAGGAAGUCCCUAUUAUAGUCGAAGAGGAGCAAAAUCUUGAUAAUCUCAAGGCACAAGGAGAAAAACAUGAAAAGGGGAAGGCAAAACUUUCUGGCGCUCUACGCUCUUUGAGCCAAAUAUUCAAAUCUUCACCGCCUUUUCCUCAAAGGCUAGUGAGGAAAACAGAAGAUGACAAGUGCUUGCGAUUUUAUGAUCAACUCAAGCAAUUGACGAUGAACAUUCCUUUCAUGGACGCUGUCCAAGAAAUGCCGGGGUUUGCUAAGUAUUUGAAGGAUCUCUUAACAAAGAAGAAGAAGCCAUUGAAACACGACACUGUGGGUAUCACUCAUCGUGUCAGUGCUAUUAUUUCCAAGACCACAGUGCAAAAAAAGGAAGAUCCUGGAGCAUUCACCAUUCCAUGCACCAUAGGGCAGCAGGAUUUUGCCAAGGCGUUGUGUGAUAACGGAGCUAGCAUCAAUCUUAUGCCUCUUGAGAUUUUCAAGAGAUCCGGAUUAGGGAUACCAAGGCCCACUACCAUGAGGUUGCAGAUGGCUGACAGAUCGAUCAAAAGGCCAGUUGGGGUAGUUGAUGAUGUUCUUGUUCAAAUUGGGGAAUUCCUACUGCCGGCAGAUUUCGUGAUUCUUGACUGUGCUGUUGAUCAAGAAAUUCCUAUUAUUCUGGGGAGACCUUUCCUUGCUACAGGGAGGGCUCUUAUGGAUUCAGAAAAGAAUGAAAUCAAGUUCCGGGUUAACGAUGAGGAGGUGACUUUUCACGCCAGCAAGG